AUGCUGAGAGGACAACUCACCACUGCAUACAACGGUGGCCGUGAUUGUGGAGGUUUCCUUGUGUGUUUCAUUAAUCAACUUGGAAGAAGAGGUGUCUUGAAACAAGGUGAGAAUGAAAAAAAAGUUGAAAUGAUGAUGAUGGGAAGUUGUAGAAAUUAUAGAGUCAAAGCUUUUGGUGGUGGGUUUGUUGAAAAUGUCACUGUCACGUGGCUUUGUAGACUUGGAUCACAUGGAGAGUUGACCGAUCUUUACGAUAUGGCUUACUUGUGCUCUAUCCAAGUGUACAGAGUGUUGUUACAAAUGGAGACGCAGUCGAUAAGGCUUCGUUUGGUGUUCGAGGAUGGUUCGCUUCUUAGCGAAACACAACGAUCCGACGGUAUGAACCAGAGUUGGCUUCUAGUUGAACCAAACCAACAUCAGAAAAUCUCCGACGUCUGCAAUCAUCUUCUUCACAAUUUCAACCUUCAUGAUUCGUGCCCUAAUGGCAUCCUCCUCUACAUGGAUGGCUUUGUGUUACCACCAUCCGAGUCAACUCGAAUCCUGAAGGACAAGGAAAUUCUUUGUGUAAAAAGGAAAGGGAUGGGUUUGGCUGAAGCAAUAGAGGGGGCAGAUGCAGGUAAUUUGGUUGACUAUGUGGAAGUCAACAGGAAGGAACCUGUAAAUAAUGCCAUGCUUCUUCUACCAAAUGAAGAGUUUAAUAAGGAAAAUUUGGAAGAUGAAUCUUCAUCCGUAGAAACGAUUUCCAAGAAAAGAAAACUUCAGAGUUCAAAGUUGAGUGGUGCUGAAGGUGAAGUUGUGAGAUUGCUUAGCCAAAUGGAUUCAUCAUCUUCUUCAUCAAGUUCAGAUUUUGCGUAUUCUUCAUAUUGGCAUUUAUCUUCAUCAUCAAGUUCAGACAAUGGGUCCUCAUCUAAUACAUAUAAAACCAUCCAACAUCAUUGGUGCGUCUACACUCACCUUCCAUUGUACGCAAUCCCUCCCUCCCACCUCCCCCCCCCACCACCACCACCACCACCACCACCACAUCUCCCUUCCACCUUUAACCCGUCGACGCCUUCUCUUCCUAACGUCAUCGGUGAGUCCAGAGUUGCCAUCCCCGACAUCUUGUCGCCCAUGCCACUUGCUCUGUGUAAGGAAGCCAGGCAACAUUCUGUCCUCUAA